AUGUCCUUUCUCCAACGGUUAGCAGCUUGGCUAACGGCUCUCUGGCAAAUCAGGCGGGAGUACCACAUCGUCGUGCUGGGCGCUGGCGGUGUCGGGAAGAGCUGUUUAACAGCACAAUUCGUCCAAAAUGUGUGGAUUGAGAAUUACGAUCCGACGAUCGAAGAUUCGUAUCGCAAACACCUUGAAGUCGAUGGACGACAAUGUGUUCUAGAAAUCUUAGAUACCGCUGGAACGGAACAAUUCACUGCGAUGAGGGAGUUAUAUAUGAAGCAGGGUGAAGGGUUUCUCCUAGUGUUUUCGAUCACAAGCAUGUCCUCCCUCAACGAGCUGGCCGAACUCCGCGAACAAAUCAUUCGCAUAAAGGAUGAUGAGAACGUUCCUAUUGUGAUUGUAGGGAAUAAAUCCGACCUCGAAGAAGACCGUGCGGUUUCGCGGUCAAAGGCCUUUCAGCUCUCACAACAGUGGGGCAAUGCUCCGUAUUACGAAACUUCAGCGCGGAGGAGAGCUAAUGUUGACGAAGCUUUCAUUGACCUCUGCCGGCAAAUUAUACGCAAAGACAUCCAAGCAACGAAGGAUCGGGACCGAGAACAGAAUCCAGCGAGAAGGAAAGAUGGCCAGAAGCGAAGCAAAAAACCAACCAGGAAAAAGGGAAAGCGACCCGACUGCGUUAUUCUUUGAGAGCACGUCCUGGCUCGUCUUCUAUCCUUUUUGGCCUCUCCCCAGUUUGCAACUAUUUCUUCCUGUUUCCUUUUUAAUUGUCCUUUCUCUUCUCUUCCAUUUUUCUUCUUAGACAUUUAUUCCCCUCUCUUUAGUUCUUCUAUAUACAUGAAGCUCGACGCACAUCCGUAUCUAUUCUCCUUUUUCUUUUCUUUUUUUUUUUUUUUUUUCCAAUGGGCCCCAGCCGCAUUUGGAUU